AUGCGGAGUGGCGCAUUAGCAGACUCAGCAUUUGACGUUGCCGAUGCGUACGUGAUUGCAGCUUACACGCGCUGUGCCUACUUGCAGAAACAGUUGGAGAUACAGCAUCCGCAACUUGUUAAGUAUUUUUCAGCACGAUACCUAGAGUUGACGUAUGAAGCAGCAGCCAAGACGAAGAAGAGCUCAAAGGAGAUGACAAUUCUAAAGGCCAUGGACGAGAAAGAAGUAUUUGCUUAUACAAGAGAAUUGUUUGCAUUUGGCUUAGAGAACUGGUUCAAAGACCAUAACAAAUGCUUCAUGCUAUACGAUGGAAAAAGUUGA